AUGCGUCGCCAAUUUAUUCAAGACUUCCGUGUACGACGACAGGCCGUUUCCCAAUGGCUUCGGUUCCUCCAGGAGAAUCAUCUAGGAUAUCGGGGCAUCGCCGUCUCGUGGGAUCGGGUCCAGGAGCUCCCGGAAGAUGAUAGCGUACUAGAUCAAGUACUUACCCAAGAUAUCAACGUCGUUUCCCAGGAGACCGCUACUGACGAUCGCGCUUUCCCUGCCCUAUUCCCGCGCGGAGGCGUCGAGUUUGUGACGCCUCGCCUAAGACAUGUGCCAUAUCGUGACUACAUCCGACAUCCGGUAAAGCACGAGUCUGACCGAUUUGCGCGGCAUCCAAGGUUCCGGUUCGCGGCGUUCAAUACCACAUUCGAUCCACCUACCACUGGCCCGGGUCCAUGGGGCUCUUGUGCGUCGACAUGCCCAUCCAGAGCCCGAUAUGGCUUCUGCGCUGACGGUGAAAUCCUACCAACGACACGUUCUUUAACGAUCAUGAACAAAAAUGCACAGAUGGAACUGGCGUCGUACACAGACAAACACAAACUCCCGUACUACGACAAAAUCGAGUUCGACGAGCAUGGAUGGUUGAUCACCCAGAACAUCGUCGUCGCUAGAAAUCGCCGCGGUAAAUGGCCGGCGGACUUCAACUCAGACGGUGACAUUUACCCCGAUCGAUGGCAAGUGGGCGAGCCACUUAUUGCGUGGGCGCAUGGGCUCCAUUCAUUCCGGUAUUCGCCGGUUAUUACGCCCUGGUCGGCCUCUCAGAAGCAUGGCGACUUGUUUCUACAGUCAACAGUCCUUGUUCCGGCAUCAAGUUUAAAGUCGACUACUUGUGAGGCGGAAUCCCCUCGGGAAAAGCACGCAAAACUUGUCUAA